GCCCCACCCACUGUAAACAGACAACCCAGUUGAAAAUGUUUGCUCAGAGGGCUGCUCUUUAUUCACUAUCGAGAGCAAUCGCACUCACACAGUCAACACGGACGACUUAGACGUCACAUCAGACUGUGUUGUGGUUCAACUUCACCAGGAGCACAGCUGACCACCCAGCCAUCAACUCCACCCUUCUCUUCAUCUGCCGCGCACUCUCCCCAUUUGAGGCCAUGGAGGAGUUCGGCAAGCUCAAAAAAUGCCCACCAGCUCAUCCACCGUCUCUGUUGGAGCGGAGGGCUCGUCCUCCGCAGCACACAGUUACGAUCCUCAAGUCCAAGCUGAAGCAGAGCGUGAGCUGCUCUGUGCCCCGAGUACGUUCCACCUUGUCUGGCCUCUUCCCUGUGCUGCACUGGCUGCCCAGGUACAACCUGCGAGAGUACGUGUGGGGGGACGCCAUGUCUGGCUUGAUCGUGGGAAUCAUAUUGGUACCGCAAGCCAUCGCCUACUGCCUGCUGGCUGGAGUAGAGCCCAUCUAUGGAUUAUACACGUCAUUUUAUGCUAACAUCAUCUACUUCCUCAUGGGGACAUCCAGACAUGUUUCUGUUGGCAUCUUUAGCCUGAUGAGCCUCAUGGUUGGACAGGUGGUCAACAGAGAAGUGUUCCUCGCUGGAUUUGACCUCAACGAGGACUCUUCUGGUCCUCCAGAGUUCAACGGUUCAUUCAGCAUCAACCUCACAGCCAGUCAAACUCAUUGUGUGGAGAUAUUGGGUGUGCAGUGUGGGAAGGAGUGUUACGCUAUUAGCAUUGCUGCUGCUCUUACGUUCCUGGCCGGUACCUACCAGGUUAUGAUGGCCGUGUUUCGACUGGGCUUCGUCUCUGUGUACCUUUCGGCUCCCAUGUUGGAUGGUUUUGCCACAGGGGCCUCGUUUACUAUCCUGACCGUCCAAGCCAAAUACCUCUUGGGUCUGAAGAUCCCGCGCCAUCGGGGCUACGGCACUGUUGUUGUAACCUGGUUCAACAUCUUCGCCAACAUUCACAAGACCAACGUGUGUGACCUCAUCACUAGUGCUAUCUGUAUCACAGUGUUAGUGGCAGGGAAGGAGAUCCAGGAACGCUACAAAAAUCGUUUAAAGAUCCCUCUGCCCACUGAGCUGGUCGUAGUUGCUGGAGCAACACUGGCCAGUCAUUUUGGCAAUCUCAACCAUCAUUACAGCACCAGUGUUUCAGGACACAUCCCCACUGGCUUUAUGCCUCCUCAAGUGCCCAGCUUUAGUCUGAUGCCAAGAGUAGCACUGGACGCCGUUCCUCUUGCUCUCAUCAGCUUUGCCUUCACCGUGUCACUGUCCGAGAUGUUUGCCAAGAAAAAUGGCUACACAGUUCGUCCCAACCAAGAGAUGUUCGCCAUCGGCUGCUGUAACAUCAUCCCGUCCUUCUUCCAUUGCUUCACCACAAGUGCAGCUUUGGCAAAAACUAUGGUGAAGGACUCAACGGGCUGUGAAACACAGGUAUCAAGUCUGAUCAGCGCUUUGGUCAUCCUGCUCGUCUUGCUCUUCUUCGCGCCUUUCUUCCACGCUCUCCAGAAGUGCGUCCUUGCCUGUAUCAUCAUUGUCAGCCUUCGCGGGGCACUCAGGAAGUUCAAGGACCUCCCCGCUAAGUGGCGAGCCAGCCGCAACGACGCCGUGGUUUGGCUGGUCACUAUGUCGGCCACGGCUCUGAUAAGCGUCGAGCUCGGCCUCCUGAUUGGCAUCACCUUCUCUAUGAUCUGCAUCAUCUAUAAGACCCAGAACCCUAAGGUCUCUCUUCUGGGCCGGGCGAACGACUCUGAUCUUUAUGAGGAUGUGGAGGAAUACCAAAACCUGGUCCCGCCAACCCGAGUGCGAGUCUUCCGCUUCCAGGCUCCUCUCUACUACGCCAACAAGGACACCUUCCUGAAAGCCCUCUACAAAGCUGUCGGGGUGACACCUUUCUUGGAGAUGACCAGGAGGAAAAAGGCAGGGAAGAAGGCCAAAAAGAUGUCCAUGACACAGACCCAGGCAAAUGGAGACACCAACAAUGGAGAUGUCGUUGUGGCACUUGUUCAAAGAGAACUGGACUUCCAUGCCAUAAUUUUGGACUGCUCUGCCAUCCCCUUCAUAGACUCCACUGGCAUGGCUGCCUUUAAAGGGCUGCUCACAGAGUUUGAGGAGAUAGGCGUGAGAGUGGUGCUCGCCUGCUGUAACAUCACGCUCAUUGAUACCUUGCAGAAGGGACAGUUUUUUGGGAAGGGUGGCAAAGACAUGAGCAACAUGCUGUUCCACACAGUCCACCAUGCCGUCCUGCAGACAAACAUUCGGCAGACGGACAAGGGCUUAGAAGACUCAGACUUGUAGAACAAAAGACGAACGAAAUGGGGAAAAUAUGUAGGCUCGUGGCAGCAUGGCGGGCAGUGUUUAGCACAUCUGCCACAGAGUCGAGAGUUCUUGGGUUCGAAUCUCGGCACAAGCUCGAAUAGGUGAAAUUUUCAGCCAAUAACGGAGGAUAGUUUCCAAUAAAAUGUGCAAAUAGGUGAAAUUGCAAAUUUGCGGGUGAACAGUGUAGUACAUGUGGGCAGCUUUGAUAUUGCUGUGAGGGAAGAUUUGUCGUCAAAGAGCACAACCAAAAGUCCCAUUAAAAUUGAACUCCAUAGAGCACAGCAGACCUGCACCAAGGCAGUAGUAUCACAUGGGUUGUCAGUGCUCAGAGUAUUUGUACCCCUUAACCCAUGGACGGUACCCAUCACACAACUGUUUGUGCAUUUGAAUAAUUUAAAAUAGGAAAAAAAAACAAAAUCAAAGCAAAACUCAGUUCAUCAGUCAGUACUGAUUUUAUUUAAUGAUCACAUUGUUCCCGUACGUUCCACUUUUAGGUUGGCGCAUUUUCCCAAAACACUUUUUUGACCCCUUUAGACCACCAUACUUGUCACUCGCACUUGGUCCAGCUGAAGCAGGCGCGUUCUGAAUGUCAAUCAAAAUAUAGCUGUAAACGAAUUGUUGUGAUACAGGCUGAAAUAACGCUUAUUCCUAUGACGUUUAUCAAAUCACACAACUCAAGUCAAGAAUCUGUAUGAGGAGGUACAAAAACAAUGACCAAGAUCAAAGCAAAAUAAACCUGUUGGGUCAUUAUUCACUAUCAAGCAAAUGUAAUGUUAUUAAUGUCUUAUUUUGAAGUUCCACUUUUACAGUGGAGCACUUCGCUAAUAUACUUUUUGACCCUUCUGGGCCACCACAACUCACACUUCUUUUUUCAUUUUUUUAUUUUGUAGACUGGUACAAAUAUGCCAUGUUUGUCACAUUAUGUCAACAUAUGGCAGAGGUACAUCGAAGUCCACAACAAGAAUGUUGUGUAGGAGCCUAAAAUAUAUUUUUAACAAGUAUGAUUACUACCUAUUUAACUAACACUUCUAUAUUUCUUUUAUUCUUUUGAAAUUUUGCACCCCGAUGAUUUUUCACCGAGCGCUACGCCACUUCCCCAAAGCCAAAAAGACAUAAUUUAGAUCAACACCAAACUGUACACCUUCAUAGAUAACAGUUGAUGCUACAUCUUUGUUUGAAUACUACUGUCUCAAUGGUUUGUCCAAUCUAAUCCUAAUCAAUCCUAAUGAAUGUUGAUUUGUCUUUGCAUAUUUUCACGUCAUAAUAGACAAGUGAAAGUUCAGCCUUUGAUGUUAAGAACUAACUUUUUUUUUUUGUUUGUUUUUUAGUUUUAUUGUCAACUGUUUUUCUAUGAAUUUAUAAAACUGUUAAUAGUAUGUUUUUGAACAUUCAUUUUUGGAAUGGUGUUUAACAUUCAUGUGCAACCACAGCCUUAAUGUUCAAUACUUGAGAUAAACUCAAUUUUUUUUGGGUGAAACAGUUGUGUUGACAAUGUGAAUGUGAUCAUGACAAAAUAUUUCAAAUGGCAAAUUGGCACUUUUUGUCCAGGUUUUGUUUAUCCAUCCAUCCCAAAAAUCUCCAAAAGACAACUAUUAAUGCAAUGCAACUAUUCCCUGCUUUGCCCGGCAAGGUUCAUAAAAUUUGAAGGAACAAGUGCAGGUCCAUCUAUUGAGCCUUUGAGAAAUCUUUCUUAUCUGUCAGUUUUCUGAGCAAUUACAAUUAUUGGCUUAGCUAAGUUAAAUGUCAUGAUUUUUUUUGCAUCUUCCAUCCAUUGAUCCAUUUUCUGAGCCGCUUCUCCUCACUAGGGUCGCGGGCGUGCUGGAGCCUAUCCCAGCUAUCAUCGGGCAGGAGCGGGGUACACCCUGAACUGGUUGCCAGCCAAUCGCAGGGCACAUACAAACAAAAAAAACAUUCACACUCACAUGCACACCUACGGGCAAUUUAGAGUUGUCAAUUAACCUACCAUGCAUGUUUUGGGGAUGUGGGAGGAAACCGGAGUGCCCGGAGAAAACCCACGCAGGCACGGGGAGAACAUGCAAACUCCACACAGGCAGGGCCGGGGAUUGAACCCAGGUCCUCAGAACUGUGAGGCAGACGCUCUAACCAGUCGCCCACCGUGCCGCCAGGUUUUGUUUAUUUUUAUUUAUUUUUGUUUUUUUCUCCAAAGAAACAACACGGCCUUGUGUUUAUGGAUUUAAAAAAAUUGAGAGAAAAGUACUUUUCAGUGAACCAUGCCAAAAUGUUACAGGAUUGUCAUCUAUGACUUUCUUCUAGCGACAAUGUAUUUAUUACAAUAUUGCUCUAACAUAAACGAACCAUUGUAAACAAA